UCACUUUCGUUCUCGGUUUCCAGGGGAAGGGACGCUAAUCAGCUGGUUUCUCAGAAAGCACCGGGGAGGGGGCAUGCUGGAGUGGCCUAUAAGAGGGCUUGGGGAAGGCGCCCGGCUCCAAGCCCCCUAGUAGGCAACAGGAUGUGGAGGAACAUGACCCGCGCGCCCGCCUUGGCGCUGCUCGGCUCGCUCCUCGCCGCCGCCGCCACCGCCUCCUCGUCGGGAUCUCAAAUCCUGCCGGUCGUCGAGGCAGCAGCUGAGAAGCGGAGAAAGGGCAUCCUGGCAGGGACGUGGGUAAAUGAGCUGGGCUCCAAGAUGGUCCUCAACCCUCCCAAUGAAGCUGGUCAGUUCUCAGGCUCCUACCUGACAGCCGUGUCAGCUGCGGAGAAGCGCAUCCAGGCGUCUCCCCUUUUCGGAGUCCAGCACGAUCCCAAGGAGCAGGAGCAGCCCACCUUUGGCUUUGCAGUCAAGUGGACAUUCUCGGACUCCACUGCCGCCUUUGUGGGUCAGCGCUUUGUAGAUGCAAGUGGAAAAGAGUCCUUGGAGACAAUGUGGCUUUUGCGGGAGGAGGCAAAAUCUCCCGAGGAUGACUGGAAGGCGACUCGGAUUGGCAGGAAUGUCUUCACCCGUGUGAAGUGACAGGGGCCAGGUGCUGCAGACUCGCUCGCUUCUCCUGCUCUCACGUUGGAUCUGCUGGAAGGAGAUGCCCCUUUCUCUUCUUGGCUGCAACAUUUAAAACCGCCACUUCAACACAUUUACUCGAGGCAGAGGGACCAGCCCUACCUCCACCGUACCUGGAGAAAGAGCCUGGCCAAAUUAAGCGGCUCAGCAUCUUCCCCAAUAAAGCACCAGCAGAGCCAUACAA